AUGAAUAGCGAAUAUGACUACUUGUUCAAGCUUUUGUUGAUUGGAGACUCGGGAGUGGGUAAAUCGUGUUUGUUGCUGAGGUUUUCCGACGACACAUACACCAACGAUUACAUCUCGACUAUCGGGGUGGACUUCAAAAUCAAGACCGUGGAACUCGACGGCAAGACCGUGAAGCUUCAAAUUUGGGACACGGCGGGCCAGGAGCGGUUCAGAACCAUCACAUCGUCUUACUACAGAGGCGCACAUGGCAUCAUUAUUGUUUACGAUGUGACAGACCAAGAUUCGUUCAACGACGUGAAAAUGUGGCUACAAGAAAUAGACCGCUACGCAACCGCCGGAGUGUUGAAACUGAUGGUGGGAAACAAGAGCGACUUGCAGGACAAACGUGUGGUGGAGUACGACGUGGCCAAGGAAUUCGCAGACUCGCUGCAAAUCCCAUUCUUGGAAACGUCAGCACUGGACUCGUCCAAUGUCGAGGAGGCUUUCUUGACCAUGGCAAAGCAGAUCAAAGACAGCAUGGCUCAGCAGCACAAGGACUCGUCCAAGAAGGACGACAAGGCCAACGUGAACCUGAAGGGCCAAAGUCUGUCCAACUCGUCCAGCGGCUGCUGCUGA